CACAGCUGUUCCUUCCCUGGCUGGUACAACCCCAGACUGCGAUCGAUGUCCUCACACGCCGACAGAACCGCGACAGGGACGUCUCCGGGCCACAGACACCCACGCGGCCCGGCUGAGCGCCACCAUGAGCGAGCCUGGCGUAGGAGUGAACAGAGGCCCGAGCGACCAGACAACCGUUCGCGCGACGGCCGCGAAGCGCCACGGCGCUCUGGUGGCCGCGGUCUUGUGCGGCGUCGCCAUUUUGGUGUGGUUCUGUGUGCGCCUCGCGUCCGAGGCAGAUGCCGGCCGCUGCGGAUCGCCCGAGUGCGACCGUUAUGCGGCCAUGCUGCACAACAGCUCUGCUCCAGCCGCCGAUCCUUGCGAGGACUUCUACGAGUACGUGUGCGCUCGGUGGUCGGGCUCUCAAGACUCCGUUCAGCACGCCCUUCAGGCAGAAGUGGUGCGCGAAUCCUUCACUCUGCUGUUGAAGCUAGACGUUCCCGCCAGCAACCAACGGGCAUCGCACAAAGCUGCAAAGCUGUUGCAAACUUGCCUGGCCGUAGCUCAGACCAGCCGGAGCCCGGCCGAGCCGCUCAUUCGCUUCCUGCGUCACGUCGGCCUCCUGUGGCCUCUUCCGUCGCCCGUUGUCGUGCUCGACCUGGUGGUCGAAAUGUCCCUCUACUGGGGCAUUCCAGUGUGGGCCGCCUUUCGCGUGGACACUUUCAACCGAGACAUCCGUCACAGGCCACUCCUUGUGUUCGGCGAAGCGCGGGAGUUCGACGAGUGGCUCGAACGGAAGCGCGCCAUGCUGCAAACGGCGCAGUACGAACUGUACUUGUCUUCCUACUUGCGCGCAUUUGGUCUACCUGCCGACCGCGUGAACGACACCAUGGUAGCUAUCGCGUACGCCGACGGCGUGGUCGAACAUAGCCUGGUGCCGUUUCGGGCCGGCGAAGCCGGCGACGACCUCAUAAUUAUGGCCAGCUUGAUGGGGGGCUCAAACCUGACGGACACUUUGAACCGGGUAGCCUACUGGAUCAAAGAGAACUACACAGCAGACGACAUUCUCCGCGUGCAUAACAUUCAGCUCUUAUUGGCGAUGUUGCGGCUCACGACGAUGACACCGGCGGGCGUGCUCUCAUUGAGCUUUGGAUGGAGCGUGGCUCGACAGCUGGGCCAGUACGUGUCUCGCGACCUGGCCAUGGUGCAGUACUUCGCAUUCGAGGCGGCAGAGGAGAGCCUGCAGCAGGACUGCUUAGAUUUCGUCUGGUCUUUCAUGACUAUCAGCGUGGGCGCACCCUACGUGGCGCGCAGUACCUCUACGGAACUCCGUCAAAGUGUGGCCUCCCUCAUCGGGCAGCUUCGGGACAGCUUCGAAAGCAUCGUCCGUGACAGUGCUGUGCUGACACGAGGCCACCAGCAGAAUGCCAGUUUUCGGCUGCACAGCAUGAAAACGGUGCUCUUCUGGCCCGAAGGCGUCCGGGGCGAACGUGACGUGAACAGGCUUUUCGGAGACCUGCCCGAUUUGCGGAUGCCUGCGUUUCUGGACAACUGGUUCCUGGCCCGUCAAGCGAUGCGGAACUUCACCUUGUCCGCCAUGGCGGAGGUGUACCACUUCCCGUUGCUGAGCACCGCGCCGCUCUACGACGCCGGUAACAACGUGCUCGCGGUGCCAGUGGGCGCCACCGCGUUCCCCAUGUACUCGCCGGCGCUCGUGCCGGCCGCCAACUUCGGUGGCCUGGCGCGCACCCUGUCUGCCGCGCUGGCCAGUGCCCUCUUCUGGGAGCGCCACCACUGGGUGCAGGGCGCCGCGCUGUCGCUGUACCGCCGCCGGCUGGACUGCCUCGUGGCCAUGUACCACACGUUCCAGGGACACGCCCCCGUGACAGCACAAGGCGAGCGGCCGUACAAGUGCGAGGCGUGCGAGCGGGCGUUCGCGCGCAACGAGGAGCUGACUCGUCACCGGCGCAUCCACAGCGGCGACAAGCCGCACGCGUGCGAUGUGUGCGCCAAGCGGUUUGCGCGCAAGGACCACCUCAACAAGCAUCGCAAGACGCACCUGGACGAAGCGCACAAGCGUGUGCACGUCUGCAGCCAGCCCGGCUGCGGCCACCGCUACACGCGCACCGACGCGCUCGCCCGGCAUCAGUGGACUGCGCACGCCAUUCGCCGUUGCAACCGCUGGCCGCCAGAGGCCGCGGGACAACCCGUGAUCUCAAUGCACUCUCUGUGACCUUUGGUGUACAUGCCCAAAUGCAAGGGGACGAAAAUGCUCAAGCUUUCUUUCAUGUUCCGUUGUGAGACAUACCCAUAAGCCAACCGGUCAUGUCUGUCUGUUCUGGCACUGUUUGUCUUUUAUUAUUUUUAGAGCACAGCUCUUAGGCGCCCGUUCCAGCGUUUAGCGUCGGCGUCGUCCCUCGGCGUAACCGAGCGAACGAGCUCAGCGAAGGAUGAAAGAGCGAACGCGGAGCGCAGCGGCGCAUGAAAGUCGACGCCUGGGAAGAGAGCGCAAGGAGGAAAUCGGAGAAGGAGGGUAUGGCGAAAGCGUGGGAAAAAAGCGUAGUGCCGCGCAAAACGGGCUCUGCGGUGACGACCGCUAGGAGAUGGCGCCAGAGUAGCGCGCCGUCACGUGCUCACUGAUGGCAUGCGGUGAGCGCGUCCACCGAUACCACAUAUGGAAACAAAGCGCUAUAUGAGCUGAGGUCUGUCUGCGGCGGCUACUGUGAAUCACGCCCGUGCGUCACCCACGCGCUGCCUCUCGCGAUCCCCCGAUUAGCGAGGCAGUCGCGCCGCACUUCGCUGCGUUUACAAUGUGCCGCACAAGACAGAUUGUCCGCGCCAGCCAAUAUAUCGCGAAGUGAAAACAUGUAUAGAGCUGCGUUCACGUUUCGCAUUCGGAGUAUCGUAAUCGUCGGUGAUCUUUUUUUUUGUCUGGUGAAAAAGAAUGUAUGGUUUACAGUCAGAAGGAGGUAGGUUUUCCAGGUAUGUUGCGUUGUACAUUUCGUCUGUGUUCUCGCUGGUUUUGUUCAGCAUCCUCCUUGCUGCACAUAAUGACACUGACCUCAGGAUGUAGAAGCAGCUGAAAAACGUUACACUCUUAAAAAAGUUUACACCACUUGGGUCGUAUUUUGUCCUAGAACGAUAAUCGUCACCUGUCUUGACCGCAUUUCCUUUCUUUAACGCUGCGAGCCCGGUACUUCCAAGUCACGAACGGCUUGCGCUUUAUCAGCCUGACAAAGCAUUCUCGACAGGAAAGUAGCGAGCGUCGAGUUUUCAAGAAAGGAAACGCAAGCAAGGCAGAUGACGAUUAUCGUUGUUGGACAAGAUAAGCCCCUAAGAGUGUAAACUUUUUAAGAGUGUAUGGUUGACGUAAUCCCCAGUUUACACCGGUGACCUUAGUAAAAUGAACUAUUGGAUGAGUUAAUGCAUUCCAAAUUUUGAUUUAUUCUGUAACGGAUUUACCGGCACUACGUUUCUCUAUAAUGGAGAUUCAUCCAAGAGGUCUUGCAUUUUCUUCGCGUCGUAUAUGUACGGCGUCAACUGGAAAGACCGUUAUGUGCAACAAGUGAAGCCCUCGCUGGACUGUAUUCCCAGAUAUGAAUGCUCAACCAAAUAGAAAAUUUCUCCCAGAAGAGCUACGUGUGUGUGUGUGUGUGUGUGCGUGCGCGUACGUGCGUGCGUGCGUGCGUGUGUGUGUGUGUGUGUGUGUGUGUGUGUGCGUGCGUGCGUGCGUGCGUGUGUGUGUGUGUGUGUGUGUGUGUGUGUGUGUGUGUGUGUGUGUGUGUGUGUGUGCACCCUCUGUGGCAGGGGGGUCGGUACUCCAUAGGAUGUGCGGUUUUGUUGUUUUUCCGUGUUGAAUAGUGUGCCCUGUAUAUCUAUGACUAAUCGAAUCCUAUCUAUCUUGUGCCUCCUUGUCUUUCAGACCUUUCUUUCUUUGUUCUCUUCUCAUCUUUUUUCUUUUUCUUGCGCGUGCUGGUACGCUUCGUAAUGUAGUACUAAACCUGUCCAAUAAUUACGGUCCCUGUUUGUCUUUGCGUGAGUAUACCUCUGGUUUUACGAGAGGACAGUAUCGAAAUCUCGACGGCUUGUGGCCGAGCAUGCAUCACCUUGUUGCUCACACUGGGAUCAUCAGGCAUAUGGCAGAGAGGAAGAUUGUUAUCCUAUAGCCCGUGGUUUCAAAUCUGCACGGAAAUGUUUUCUAGAACUACAUGCUGUCUGUUCGCGCAAUAUUUCUUAAUAAAUUUAUGUUACUUAAUUGGUGUUAGUUACAUUGUCAUGGCAUGUUUGCUUAGCGAUCCAGAAACAUUUCACCGUGGUAAUUCAAGACACUUCUGCGGGUUCUGUGAGAGACAGGCCGGCAGGAUCUGUACAGAUCUUUGGCAGGAACUGUGAAUCGUUGUUUUUAAACAAAGUUGUUAUUCAGUAAUGUGGGGACUGCCAUUACACGAUACUUUCUCGCAAAGGUACGCUAGGUUUGGUGCACUGUUAUCCGAUUUGUUAAAACCUAACGUAAUACCUACUAAUCGUAAGUAACUAACCAUAAGUAAUACCUACUAAUCGCAUUAGGUCACGUGUUAUUUGAUCACCGAGACUGUACAUUCAGUAUCCACUGUAACUACAGGUAAUCACGAAAUAAGGUCAUAUGCUGCCUAAAUACUUUACAGAAGAGUUUUUAAAAAUUAAAAUCCCAUUACACGGGUUUGAAGUAACCGUAUUAAUAUGCGUCGAACUGGAGCGUUGCAUUACAUGCUGAUUUCCCGUGUACAGCGAGAUCAAAGAGGCACGAACGUGGUCUUGUAUUUCGCCCUACCGAUGUCUACUCUACAUGGGUCUGAUUUUUUCAAGUUUUUUCGAGUACUUAUGUGAAUUAUACCACCGCCCCAGAACGUCUCAAACUAAUUUUGGUGCAAUCGGGACUGCGUCGGUAGAUCUAAAGUGAAGAUGGGGGCCAACAGAUGGAAACACGCUGUGGUAUAAAAAGUUGAAUAAACGGGGGUAAAGUGCCUCAAACAUGCUGGCCAACGUUUCGAUAGGUGAACCUAUCUUUGUCAAAGGCAGCUUUGUCAUCCUUGGCGCGUUAGUUUUAACGGAUUAGCUGCCGCCGAUAACAGUCACGCGUGACGUCACUCUAGUAACCAGUUAAAGCUAACACCUAAAGGAUCACAAGGCCAUCCUUUGACAUAGAUAAGUCCGUUUAUCGAAACGUCGGCCGGCCUGCCUGAGUCAUUUGACUUCUGUUCAUCCAACUUUCAUCCGGCAUUUGUAGAGUAACGCCGGGCCUGCGCCCAGUGCAUAUUCAUUCGCUGUGUAAAAAGCUCUGCACUGGCUGCUUCUUGCUGUUGAAAUGUCGCAAGUUAUUUGUUGUGUUGUCUUUAAGAACUACCACUCUCUUCUUUAUAGUGAGAUAUCGCAUUGUAUAAAAUAAUAAGUCUAUACAUAUGAUUUCUAUAUUUGAAGCAACUUGUUCUGCAAAACUAAGCCAUUAGUUUUUUGUCGAGUUUGAAUUAUGCGGCCCCUAGUAAGCUUCUCUUUACUACCUUAUUAUGGCAUCUGCUAUUAAGCUCUACAACUUCGAUGAUGGUGUACAACUGUAAGACUAAUAAUUAUUCACUUAACUAUUCAGUAUUUGUCUUUCCUCUUCAGAACACGAAUCUGCAAAUUCCUUGACUUCUUGCAGCCACUAUAGUAAAAAAUGUUUAUGAAUAUUGGAAAACACGGCUAUGUAGUGUGAAUAGUAUUUUGUGCAACAAUCUUUCUCUUCGGGUAAAACAACAAAAACCUUACAUAAGGCCAACAUAAAUAACAUAAAUAAUUGUAUUAAUUUCUGCAAUUUAUUGAACUUUUGUGCUGCAUAUAAUACAAGGUGUCUUCUGCCAUGUAUGAAAAAAAGAGAAAGUAAUAUUGUCUUUCAUUUAUGCAUGUACUAGUUUUUGUUUGUAUUCAAUGUAUGUAUUCAUACUAACAUGAUGGUAAGGUACCAUAUUUUUCUCAAGUG